AUGGCCGACUCGUCCAACCCUCUCCACCUCGCUCGCUCCACUUCCUCCGCUGCCCCUGUUGCUCCUCCCGCGACAGCCUCUUCGCCCCCGUGCACUGGGUUAGACUCGACCACCCUCAAGCUCAAAUCUACCCAAUCGGCUCGACGCCGCAAGCCUGCUGCCAAAGUCAAUCCUGAUCAAGCCGGGGCGUCGACCUCGCCCUCAACUUCGACUUCAACGCCGAUCCCGGGCGAGCGACCACCGGAGCACGAGACCAAGGAGAACACCCCCACCCCAUCCGUCCCCAAGAGAAAACCUCGCAAAAAAUCCAACAAGGUGCGAGAAUCACCUGUUCUGGUGGUGGCUACCCCGUCCAGGUCGACCCUGGCCGAUAAAGCCGACUCGGUGAUCCCCCCACCUCCACCCCUCACACCGAGCUGGGACGACCAACUCGUCGCUUCCAUAUCCGCCCAAGCAUCGCUCGCAGUCGAUCAUUCACCGACCCUACAAUUCGAGAAACUCUCUUUGGACCAACUCGAGGCCACCCCUACGUUGGAGCAGAUCGUAGCUGCGGAGGCCCACGUUGCGCAAGGGGAAGGCAAGGUUCUGUCCAAGAAGGCGCAGAGGGACUUGCAGUUGAAGUUGAGGGAGCCGCAGGGGUAUGAGAGGAUGAUGGAGUUGAGGAAGCAAAAGAGAAAGGAGAGGAAUAAGAAGAGGAAGGAGGGACUCACCAAGGGUGAGCAGCCAAGCGAGAAGAAGGAGUUUAGGAUCAAGGGCAGUGCCGCAUUCGUCACCGCUGUUGGGCUGGACGAGCCCGAGGUGACGGAACGGUCUGCGGUCGACGAGACCUCAACACAGGUCGAAAGGGUCGUACCGAAGGUUCUCGCCCCCGUCCAGACCGAGGGACCAACACCGGUAUCCGCUUCGGCCUCGACGACAGCACCUUCGAUCCCGACCGGCCCAGCAGCGUAUCGCAAUGCUCCACCCGUCCGGAACCAGCCCUCGCGACAACAAGGGCAAUCGCUGAUCCGAGCUGGUCCAAGGAUCGGCAUUUCAUCUGCGCCUGUCCCCGGCUCGAUCAACCCUCGUUUUGCGCACCUGCCUUUCCAUCCUCACUACCGCUAUCCUAUGCCCAAGACUGCGUCCAACGCCCCGGUCACACCAGUUUCGAAAUCCGCGACACCUUUGGCGUCGAGUACGAAUAAAAAGUCUCCAACUACGGCCCCUACUCCAAUGCCGACGACUCGACCUGCUGCUGUGGAGGAUCGCUUGUUCGGCGAAGGUCGAGCGCAGAGCGUCGUUCGAUUGCCGAGCUCUUCGAGUCUUCCUGUUGUGGUCAAGGUGCCCAAGCCAACGACACCGACACCGACACCGACGUCUGAUUCCGUCGAAGUGUCGACUCCUGCAGUACCAAUCUCACAAUCGACGUCGCAAGAGCCGCUGUCGACACCUACGCCGACACCAACCUCGGUCCCCGUAUCAUUGCCCACUCAAGCCGCAGCACCCGAACCGCCAGCGUCGAUCGUCGCACCCCCGCCGCAAUACUCGGCCAUCCCCACUCACCCCGUGUUGCGCAAUAUCCCACCUCACAUCCAACGGCUAACGACCCCUCCCUCAGCUCCCCUCUCCCCCAUCGCCGUCGCUCCCCUCCCUUCCCAUUUCUACCCCCAACCCCAACCCUCCCUCUACCUCCCUUACUACCCGCAUCAGCCCACCCCAACGACCUACUACGGUUCCACAACUUCGAACGAAGGCUAUUCACCUAUCCUUUCGCACGGAACGACGACGCCUCCCCCACCUCAUCAUCAACAUAUGAUAACAGAGGCGGGUCGACCUUCGCCGUUAUCCGCUCCGGCGAGGCAUUCCAAAGCCUUGGACAUUAAAGCCCCUCCAGCGAAUUAUUCGGUGACACGUUCCGGCGCAAGUGUAGGGCAAGGUACGAACGCGCGACAAUUGCCACCUUAUCAAUACCCUGCACAAGCUUGGGCCACACAGACGAUUUACCCGUCUUCCUCCUCAAGGGAAUCAAGUCGUUCACCCGUGAUGACGUCGACGUACCCUAUUCAGAACUACGCGAAUAG